GAACAAGACUGGACAUGUACUUAAGGCGCUGCAGGAUGCGCUUCCUUUUUUGAGUACCUGUUGCGCAACGUCCUUCUUACACCAGCCGCUCAAUUCGCCGUCUUCGCCAUGGUAGCCAGCGUAAAAAUUGUCCUAGCCGUUGCCACGACUGCUUCAGCAGCCAUACUGGAAUUGCCCGUCGCUAUCAAGAAUUCUUAUCUCAGCGUUCCAUUCCAGGUUGGAACACCUCCGAAAGAGCAUCGAUUGUCUCUCGAUACCGGCUCGGCAUCAAGUUUUAUGCUCAAUACCGAUUGUACAGCGACGUCGUGCCCCGAUGGUAGUAAACCCUACUACAUCCGACAGCCGUACAAUGCGUCUGCCUCAUCAUCGGCCGUUGAUAAGCACAUUUCCGCGGCGAUUCCAUACCUGGGGGGCAAUGUCGCUGGUGAGACAUUCGAGGACGUGUUCGGCGAUCCAGCGUCUGACAUCCAAUGGAACCAGACUUUUGUAUCGGUCAAUCAAAGCUCCUGGCGCUUCAUCACUGCCGAUGGGUUCCUUGGGUUGGGCUUUUCAACCAUCGCGGAGAAGAACACUACUACCGUAGUCGAAACGUUGAUGCAGAACGAUCUGCUCGACGCACCGCGUUUUUCCUUGUUUUACGGAACAAACCCAUCAGACAAUGGGACUCAAGACGGUGCGCUGACCAUAGGCGGUAGCCAUGAAGAAAAAUACGCGGAUGGCCCGAUAGUCUACGCACCUUUGAAAAAAGAGGGCGAGUACCAGCUAUGGCGUACUCCGCUGAGGAGCAUCAGCAUCCUUGUUGCGAGGAACCCAACGGACCCCAAUUCGACUGUGGAAGUUCACAACGGCCGUCUUCCCACUACAAGGGUUCCAGAGGGCACAUGGCCACACGCCAAUGUGACAUGGAACAUGUUCACCUCGGGAAGUGCGGUUUUUGACACGGGAGCUGGGAGCCUUUCUCUGCCGAUAGUAACUCUUCCCGGCCUUUACUACAACCUUGGAUGGAAUUACACCAAGCUCUUCGAGACCCAUGAGGAGCGUAUCGAGUGCCAGCAUUUGAAUGCGUCGUGGGCAGUCACUCUGACGCUCGGUGACGGCGCUCCGGAAGACGAUGUCUCGUUCAGCAUUCGAGGCGACGAGUUCUUUUUCAACCACGAGUGUAUGCCACCGUUUGAUACGACCGGCGAUAGCUACGCAUUGAUCGGCAUGUCGUUCCUCCGAAGGCAUUACUCAGUCUUCGACUUUGGGAGCAACAAGGUUGAGAACUACGCACCAAGGAUUGGCUUUGGAAGGCUCAAGAAGGCGUACGACUACAUGUACCAGUAUUAG